AUUCAGGGGGGGGGGAGGGGGGGGUUGGAUAUGACAGGGAAAAAGAAAAAGGGGGAGCGGAUGGCAGGGAAAAGGAAAAAGGGGGAAGGGGAGGGCGCGAAGGAGGCCUUUGUGCUGGUCAAGGACGACGACCAGCGCGAGGCUAUUCGCCGCUGCUGCGUAUUCAAGUACUUGACGAAGGGUCAGAUGCUGGAGAGUUGCAAGGGAAACUUCAAGAUGAUGAAGUGCCGCUUCUGCGACCAACCACCUUUCCAGGGCAGUCAGGCGCGGGGUGCUGAGCACUUUACGAAGGGUAGGUGCCCCAAGGUGACACCAGAGGUCCUCGUAGACAUUUGGAAUACCACACAGUACCCUUUCGACCAGCGGCGAGAGAGACAGGUGCGGGAUUACAUGGAGUAUCGUGGCAUCCGGAAUAACAGAGAGGUGGGAGUUGGAGUGGGGGAGGAUGACGAGGUGCACGAUGUUUUGGACCAGGAGGGGGCGGACAGCGAAGGAGGACGAUGUGGCGGCGAGGACGAUGAGAUGGACACAGGGGCGGAGGGUGAGGGCGAGGGACCGACGGAGGACGGCGGCGAGGACGAUGUUCAGGAGUUAGGAGCGUCCCUUCAGGGGGGAUCAUUGAAGGCACGACGCACUGCUCAUCAGACAAGGACUCGUGCGCCUAUGGAUGGCCGUGGGAAGAGGAGGGCGGACACCGCUCCUGCGGCACGCGUGCCGGACCCGAAACGUUUGAAGCAGGUCAGACUAGAUGAGAUGUACGACCCGGAGUGGCAGACCACCUUCGACCAUCUCUUCGUGCAGUGGUGGUAUAUUGGCGGUGUCCCAUUUGAGAGGGCGAGGAUGCCCGAGUACAGGGCCCUCACGAGACAUUUGCAGAACAUGCCCCGGGGCAUGAAGUCUACUUUGCCCCAGUUCAAGCGCAUAGCAGGCAGUGGCAUACAGGAGAAGCGUGCGUACAUAGCUGAUAAGCUACGUGACAUACGCGAGCAGAUGCAGCACACAGGGGCUACCAUCCUCACGGAUGGGAGGAAGUCCCUGAACUCUGAGCCCAUCGCGAACUUCCUGGCAGUUGGAAAGUCGGCCGCCUUUCUUUUCACGACAGUGCGCAGGGAAGGGGUUGACGCAGAGAAGUCAGACGUCGUCUUGCAGCGCUGGAAGAAGGUGUUCGAGAAGUUCGGCGUGAGGAACAUCAACGCCAUCUGCACGGACUCUGCAUCAGUUUAUGUCGCCGCCGGUCGAGCGCUUUGCAACGAUCCCGAUCCAGGUAUCCGUCGAAUCCCUUGGCUCCCUUGUUUUGUCCAUUGCUACAACUUGAUGUUGUCAGACAUGGUCAAGGAUAAGACAUGGGCCAUCGACUUGUUGACCAGGGCGAGGGCGGCUGUUCGAUUCAUUAGAUGUCACGGAUCGGCUCUCGCGUUGUUCAGGAGUUACAGCGCGAGGGCCGAUCGCGAUGCACGUGCGGACCGUUUGGGUGGCAGCACCGCGGGCGGAGUGGGGACAGUAGGCAGACCACGACGCGGCCGAGAGUUGUUGUACCCCUGCCAGACGCGAUUCUGUCUAUUUGGCCGAGGAGAUUUGGAAGUUGGAGUCGACGAGACCUCGCCUGGUUGGCAUGCUGCAGGAUUGUUACGCUCGUGCAUGCCAUCUGCUCGAGCCCGCCCAUGCUGCCACCCAUCUUUUCAAUCCCAAGAGGCGGAACUUCGUUUACUUCCAAUCUCCGAGGCGCAGCGAUCAGCAGAAGAAGGUGCGGAGAUGACACUUUUGUACAUCUACACCCAGACGGGCUUCGACCGGCAGGGAGACAGGUACAGGUUGGUCCGUCGGCAGUUGUACGACUUCCAUGCGCGCGGGCCGAGGUAUGAUUGGGGUGGAGAUGCAGGCACUGGAGACGAGGACACGUGCGAGGGGCCGGAUGAGACACAGGCCAUUGCUGAUUGGUGGGUUUUGCACGGCAGCUGUGCCCCUGAGCUUUGUGCCAUCGCCACACGUCUGAUGUACACGUGGGUCUGCGCCUCUCCUGCGGAGAGGAACUGGGUGUUGCACGAGCGUAUCCACGAGAAGCGCCGCAACGGGUUGGACUUCACGAAGCUGACUGAAAUGGUGGAGAUGUGCGCGAACAAGAAGCUCCUGGCGUACUCUGCUGGCGGGGUCAUUGACGGACGAGGAGAUCGCGCGCCAGGCGCGCAGGAUGCAGCGUGCCUCGACGAUUCGCCACCCCUUGCGGUUCAGACUGUGUUUGGUCGUCGUGUAGCUCAUAUCGAGCUGUACCACGAGGAGAUCGAGUACGAUCCACCCACGGACCCGCAUGCUGCAGACGAGAUGGAGGCAGAGCCCUGGACGGACCCGGAGGACUUGGAGCAGAGAGGCAGUGACACACCUGAUGUUGGUGACGAGUCCGAUGGAGAGAGUGAUCAUGAGGCUGCUUGUGAUAUGCGUUCGCGGGAUCGGCAGAGCCAUUGUGAUGUUGAUCGCAUGACCCCUCCCUUGACUAGGAGUGCGACGGAUAGAGGGCGCAAGCAAACACAGGUUGUGCGAUCGUCGAGCGAGGACGAGGGAGGUGACAGGUGUGACGACGGAGAUGCCGCCGAUGACGAGGACUCCAAUGUCAAGAGAGAGGGACCCGACCAGGAUAGAGGAUAUGGGGACGAGCAUGGAUUCGACGGCGUUGACGGCAGUGGGCCGAUUGAGGACGGAGCGGGUGGCGCCUUCCUUGUUACUCCUGGCCCCAGUGCAGCGGGCGGGGGCGGUAGUGGCGGACAUGGAGUUGGUUUGGAGGUACCGCAGGGAUCGAUUCCCUCAGGCAUUUUCAGUGACGACUUUGACCUUGGACGUCCACCCACUUCAAAUGCUCGGCGCGGCGGGGUGCGUGUUCAGACACCGGUGAGUGAAGUCGCACACCUCAUAAAGUUGGUUUUUGGUAGUGUUAGUUCAGGUUUGUUGACAGAGGCUGCCAGAGCGUCAGGCGAGAUACAGGAGAGCAGGACUGGUGACGACAUCGGUCGUGUUGCCAGGAGGCUACAUAUGGACCCCGAGGACGUGCUUGAGGAGGAGCGUUUGGCACGGAUGGUGUCGGGGUGUGCCACAACACAGCGGCUUGCGUUGGAGCAGGACACGACCAGGGCGAGGGAGAUGGGGUGUAGUGUAGAGGAGGUCACUGCCGCCAGACUAGCAGCAGAGUGUAGACACGAUGGUCCUGCAGAUGUUGCAGAUGGUGGAGGACUCUGCACAGAGGGACAGGUGGUGGAUCGUGCGGACGACCACCAGGAGGACGCGAGGGUAGGGUUGGGUGGUUUAUGUGGGGCCAGCGAUACGGUACUACCCACUAUUGAUGAGGCGCACGGGGGCGACGGCGCGGCCACGACAGACGCAGCGGGGUUGCUUGGGUGCGAUGGCACGGAGGUGGAGGGGCACGUGGAUAGAGCACUUGUCGGCGUUGUCGUUGCCGCAAUGGAGGAUGUGGUCGCAGAUCACACUCAGGAUGGUCUUGUCGCGGUGGAUUCUAUGGUUGCACAUCGCAACGAGGAGGAGCGACAGGUGGACCCCGGAGACGUUGUUGCUCACCCUGUAGAGGCACACGUGCCCAGCAUGUCCCCACUCGAGCUCCACACUGCUGGGAUUGAUCCAGUGAUGGGCAGGAGCAGGCAUAUAUCGAAGAGGCUUUGGAAGGCUGUGCCUCCAUCUUCUUUCGUGCCUGUUAGUCCGCCAGCAGCCUCGGGGGUAUCGGGGGAUAUUGGAAAGACUAUGGAGAUGGCCGACUUGUUCGAGCAGUUGACAGGUCAGAGGGUUAUCGAGCCGGGAGGGGUAUCAUGGGGAGCAGGGCCAGUUGCUGCAGGGACACGACCAGCAUGUGCAGGGGCAGUGAGUGGACGGGGAGGUGAGUCUGGUGGCAGUGUUGUGGGCGGGGGAGGUGGUCCCGCAGUUGUCGGCGGACGGUUGGGCCUUUCGGGCGGGAGUGUUGGUUGGGGAGAGGGUUCUGCUGCGCCGGCGACGGCAGGAGGGCGCGGGCAGGUGCAGGGUUCUCCAUCACCUUCAUCGAAGGCGAAGGGGAAGUCCGUAUCGUGGAGCGGCAUCAGCAGGGUCACCUGCAAACUCAAGGAUGCUAUGCCUGGGGUCAUGGGUGAGAGGAGGGAUCGUGAGGGGAGGUUGACAAAGAUGUUUGCGGACGCAGCAGGUUGGGUACGGAAGGGAGAUAGGUUGGAGCAUCCUGGUGCCGGGUCAUCGUGUGCUGCAGAUCGACGGGGCAGCACGAUGGUUGCACCGCCAUCAUGACCGCCCUUAGCAGGUGCGGCACAACG